AUGGCGCUCUCGCAAACUUCACUUCUGUGCGAGCCUCCGCGGUCGUGUCUUGUGUCGCUUGCGCGUUUUUCCUUCCGUUCGUUUACAUAUUUCGAUUUCAGUUAAGCUUGUUCCGCCUAAUGUGACUUUUUGUAAAUGAAACUGUGAUUUUGUGAUGCCCUGUGAUAUAAAAUGACCUGAUGGAGUACGUGUUUGGUGGUUGUUUAAGUGAUCAGUGUAAAAUGGGUUUAAUUACUUCGAGGGAGCCGACAAUGCUGGACGGACCAGUUGCGUCUACGAAGAGUAACCAUGUACGGCAGCCAUCAACGAGGAACCGGACGAAACCUCCCAUGCCCGACCGCGAUGAGCUGGAGAACCGCUUCAUUAAAGUCUUGGCCUCUAUGGAUCUACCUCCGGAUAAAGCGAAGCUGCUACGUAAUUAUGACCUGGAGAAGAAAUGGGAGAUCAUCUGUGACCAGGAUAUGGUGCAGGCGAAAGAUUCACCUGCGCACUACCUUAACAAACUUCGCACGUACCUUGACCCCAAGGCGUCCAGGAGUCAUAGGAAAAGAAAAAUGGUCGGCGAUUCAACAUCCACUCAGGUGCUCAGGGAUUUGGAGAUCUCAUUACGGACCAAUCACAUUGAAUGGGUGCGUGAAUUCCUGAACGAGCAGAACCAGGGUUUAGACGUGCUGAUCGACUACCUCAGCUUCAGGCUGAGCAUGAUGCGGCAUGAGCAGCGCGUCGCCCUCGCUCGCAGUCAGUCUACUGACGGCAUCAACCAAGCGAACACAACGACAUCAGAGUGCAGCGGUCCGACGGAGGUGGGCGGGGCACUGGGCGGCGGGCUGAGCGGCACGUGGGUGCGGCGCGCGCGCUCCGCGGACGGGGAGGGGGAGCGCGCCAGCCCGGACGCCGCGCGCCGCCGCACGCGACACGCCGCCCGCCUCAACAUGGGCGCCUCCACUGACGAUAUACACGUCUGCAUUAUGUGCAUGCGCGCCAUUAUGAACAACAAGUACGGGUUCAACAUGGUGAUCCAGCACCGCGAGGCCAUCAACAGCAUAGCUCUAUCUCUGGUGCACCAGUCCCUGCGCACCAAGGCACUGGUGCUGGAGCUACUGGCCGCCAUCUGCCUGGUGAAGGGAGGACACCAGAUCAUCCUCGGCGCCUUUGAUAACUUCAAGGAGGUGGUGGGCGAGCCGCACCGCUUUCAUACCCUCAUGGAAUACUUUAUGAACUACGAUACGUUUCAUAUUGAGUUUAUGGUGGCAUGUAUGCAGUUUGUGAACAUAAUAGUGCACUCAGUGGAGGACAUGAACUUCCGCGUGCAUCUGCAGUAUGAGUUCACCUCGCUCAAGCUGGACGACUACCUGGAACGCCUGCGCUUCUGCGAGAGCGAGGACUUGCAGGUACAAAUAUCUGCGUAUCUGGACAAUGUAUUCGAUGUGGCCGCGCUGAUGGAGGACAGCGAGACCAAAACAGCAGCGUUAGAGAAAGUCAACGAACUUGAAGACGAACUGGGACAUGCGCACGAGAGACUAGCGACGCUGGAAAGAGACGCAAUCGCGAAGCUGGCGACAUUAGAGGCCGAGCUGGCACAAGUGCGACAAGAAAGGGAUCAGCUGGCGGAGGCUCGGCGACAAGUCGUCGAAGAGGUAUCGACGCUGCGACGAGCACAGCAGGACUCCCGCAACCGACAGUCCAUGUUGGAGUCCAAAGUUCAAGAGCUGGAGACUCUCACAAAGUCCUUGCCGCGAGGCGCCUCCACACUGCCUCCCGCCCCUCCCGCACCCCCCGCCCCACCCGCGCCCGGCCUCAUGCCCGCGCCGCACCACACCGACGCCAUGACCAUCAAGAGGAAAGUCGAGACCAAGUAUAAACUGCCUACGCUCAACUGGAUCGCGCUGAAACCCAAUCAGGUCCGCGGCACCAUAUUCAACGAGCUGGACGAGGAGCGACCUCGGCGGCGGAUCAAUUUCGCGGAGUUCGAGCAGCGCUUCCGGCUGGGCGGUGCCGGGGCAGGGGGCGGGGCGGGGGGCGGCGGGGGACACGCGCUCGCCGACACUGACGCCCUCGCAUCAUUCCCCAGCAAGCGCUUCCGCAAACCUGACACUGUCUCCCUGCUCGAGCACACGCGUCUGCGCAACAUCGCGAUAUCGAGAAGAAAACUUGACACUCCAGUAGAAAAAGUAAUAGCGGCGAUCAACAAUCUAGAUCUGAAACAACUGCCGCUGGAGAGCGUCGAGAUCCUCCAGAGGAUGGUCCCAACUGAAGCAGAACAGAAGGCGUACAAGGAAUACGUAGCUGAGAAGAAGAACAUCAACCAGCUGACAGAAGAAGAUAAAUUCCUCAUGCAAUUAACAAAAGUCGAAAGGAUAUCAGCGAAGUUAUCCAUCAUGAACUAUAUGGGAAAUUUCUUCGACAACAUACAUCUAAUAACACCUCAAAUUCACGCGAUAAUAUCCGGUUCAUCAUCAGUUAAAUCCUCACAGAAGUUGAGGAAUGUUCUGGAAAUAAUUCUAGCGUUUGGUAAUUACUUGAACAGCAGCAAACGCGGGCCGGCGUAUGGCUUCAAGCUGCAGUCUUUGGACACCCUCAUGGACACGAAGUCUACGGACAAACGUGUCUCAUUGUUGCAUUAUAUUGUGGCCACAAUACGACAGAAUUUCCCUGAACUGCUCAACUUUGAUGCUGAGCUACUUUACAUUGAUAAAGCGGCACAAGUGUCCCUGGAGAAUGUAAGCGCGGACGUGUGCGAGCUGGAGCGCGGUAUGGAGGCGGCGCGGCGCGAGGCGGAGUCGCGCGCGCACUCGCACGCGCACGCACACGUGUUGCGCGACUUCAUCGCCAACGCCAGCGACAAGUUGCGACGACUGCGCGCUGAGACCAAGCAUGCGCAGGACUCGUUCGCGAUGUGCGUGGAGUACUUCGGCGAGGCGCCGCGCAGCUGCGACGCUAACGCAUUCUUCUCGCUGCUCGUCCGAUUCACCAGAGCGUUUAAGCAAGCGGACGCUGAAAACGAGCAACGACGCAGGCUGGAGCUAGCGGCGCAGCAGGCGGACAGCGUCGACCCCAACAAGGUCAAGGUCGUACAGAAGAAGCAGCAGGAAGCUGUAAUCAACGAACUAAAAACGAAAUCACAAAGCGUCGGCGAAAAGAAACUAUUACAUCAAGACGAGGUAUACAACGGUGCCUUAGAGGAUAUAUUGCACGGACUACGCAGCGAGCCGUACAGACGAGCUGACGCCGUGCGACGCUCACACAGGCGACGCAUCAACUCACACAGACUGUCCAAAGGACUGGAAGAACUGGAUGUAUGAUAUUCACCACCGUCUGCGCCUGAACACAAUCCAGUGCGCAGAGCUGUACUGGCGAUCAACGCGAGCGGAGGCUUCCCAGACAAGAAGAAACGUCGCAAAGAUUUAGAAAUGGUGCACAAUAAACAUGCCAUAUCUAUUUAUAACAUCGAGGAUGACGUCACAGAUCUCCCCAAGGUCAAACCCUCCACCUACAAGGUGGCUCCAGUAGACCGCGAGGUGGAGGAGAGGUGCGAGCUGCUCAAGUCCACCUAUGACGUCAUCACCAAGUAUACCAGAGCUAUGUUUGAUAAACAGAACGAGACAGUCGUCUGAGACAUCGCUUUCUCACUCUCUACGGGUACUACACUUAUGCCGACUCAAAUAUAUAUUCGAUCCUUCAAAUCUAUCCGAUUUUAUUUACUUUGUACAAAAACUCUUCGAUAUUUUACUAAAGUAUAGAUCCAAAUAGAUUAAAAAUGUCAAGUGAAUAAGCAAAAAUUCAAGAUCGAUUAUAGAAUUCAGCAAAUAUCUUUUAUAAUAUUUGCCCGAUAUUUUCGUCUUUUGUAUGUAGACUAUGAUUUUAUGUAUAUAUUAUUUAUGUGAUAGAAAGUUACGUAGGUAUUAUAGAAAUUAUAAUUUUAGUAGUAUAUUAUAGUUUUGGUAGAUUUUGUAAUUUAUAUGGCAACACUAAAUGUUUUUUGUAAAUAAGUUUGAGGUUAUAAUGUGUAGUACCCGUACAAUAAAUACGCCUAUAAAACGUUCCAUGCUACUAACAACGAGACACGAUAUUUUUCUAUGGUAAAUAUACAUUUUUUUGUUACUACUAUACAAGAUUUUUGUAGCUUUUAGCACUUUUAUAUAGAACGCGCAGUAAUCAGAUUUUGAUACGCUCGCUUUAGCACGAGGAUUUUUUUUACAGGCAACAAAGUUUGAUAUAGUUCCCGCUAGGCCUUAACGCACAUUUAAACACACAAUUUUUGUAAUAAUUAUUCGAAGUUUUUGGAUUAUUUAAAUUAUAAGGUUGUCCUUUAUACAUGUAUUUUCUAAAGAAAUGUACCGAUAAAUUAGUAUAAUUAACUGUUUUUACACCAUGUUGUAUGGAUGCUGUAUGACAUUGUGUGGAAGUGGGGCGCAUUUAAAAAUGUAGAAUUUUGUACCUACCGAUAUUGUGAUAGUAUAAAUAUACCAGUUUGUAAUUUUUUUUAAUGGCAACAUUAGCCUAUCUGUCAACUGAUUUCUUUUUAAGUAUUGAACAUGACAUUUGACAUUUUAUGAUAGUGUUUCUUUAAAUUCCAUAGAUUAAGUUUG